UUGAACAGACAGCGGAAGGGGACGAAUAGAAACCCUCUGCCGUGUGUUGGACUGUUAUUACACCCAAUGGCCUGACUGGUAGUAAUAGUGUGUCCGUGGUGCGGCGGUGAACACACUGGAUGGGACAGGACAACCGCUACAUGGGGGACGCAGGCGACAGCGGCUGGUAGCCCCGCUCCCUUCUGCCCGGAGCCACAAAUCUGGACGCAUCUCUGCGACUUUUGCGACGCUCCUCUGCCGGGGAAUCGACUUGAUGAAAGCCGAGCAUGAACACAUCGCAUUUGAGUGUCUCCUCCUCUGAGCAUGGACUGACCAUACCCCUACUCUGGAUGAUUUGAUGGGGCUGCUCAGAGUCAUGAUGCCGCCCAAGUUGCAGCUGCUGGCGCUGCUGGCGUUCGCAGUGGCCAUGUUCUUCCUGGAGAACCAGAUCCAGAAGCUGGAAGAGUCCCGGGGAAAGCUCGAACGAGCCAUUGCCAGACACGAGGUACGAGAGAUUGAGCAGCGGCACACGCAGGACGGCCUGAGGGAUCGGGAUUCGGCGGCUACGGUGUCAAACAGCGAAGAUGACGUGGUCAUCAUCUACAACCGCGUGCCCAAGACGGCCAGCACCUCCUUCACCAACAUCGCCUACGACUUGUGUGGGAAGAACCACUACCACGUCCUGCACAUCAACACCACCAAGAACAACCCGGUCAUGUCCUUACAAGACCAGGUGCGGUUUGUAAAGAAUGUCACUGAAUGGAGGGAAAUGAAGCCGGCUUUCUACCACGGCCACGUCUCCUUCCUGGACUUCACCAAGUUUGGUGUGAAGAGGAAGCCCAUCUACAUUAAUGUGAUCAGGGACCCCAUCGAAAGGCUGGUCUCCUAUUAUUACUUUCUGCGUUUCGGGGACGACUACAGGCCCGGCUUGAGACGCAGGAAACAAGGAGACAAGAAGACAUUUGAUGAAUGUGUAUCAGCUGGCGGCUCAGACUGCGCGCCGGAGAAACUGUGGCUCCAGAUUCCUUUUUUCUGCGGUCACUACUCUGAAUGUUGGAACGUGGGCAGCCAGUGGGCUCUGGAGCAGGCCAAAUACAACCUGGUGAACGAGUACAUGCUGGUCGGAGUAACGGAGGAGCUGGAAGACUUCGUCAUGAUGCUGGAGGCCGCGCUGCCACGGUUCUUCAAAGGAGCCACUGAGCUGUACAAAACAGGCAAGAAAUCCCACCUAAGGAAGACCAGCGAGAAGAAGCCGCCCACAAAGGAGUCCAUCGCCAAGCUGCAGCAGUCUGCCAUCUGGAAGAUGGAGAACGAGUUCUAUGAGUUUGCACUGGAGCAGUUCCAGUUCGUCAGGGCACAUGCUGUCAGAGAAAAGGACGGUGAACUCUACCUGCUGGCACAGAAUUUCUUCUAUGAAAAAAUCUACCCCAAAAACUAAAGCGACCGCAGCGUCUGUAGAAGAGGUUUGGAGAUGGACAGAACACUUUGCACGCGCUCAGUUGUGCAAUCCGAGACGAAAGAGAAGGAAGGCAGGAGUGGCGUGAGACUCGGGGACUACUGCUGACUGCGUGCCUCGUUUGUAUGUGCGAUUGAGAACAUAAUGUGAAACAAUCCGACUCUGACGCAGCGGUCGGACUGGUGACAGUUGUUGUUCGUGUCGGCGGCAGCCAGCUGGACGGGGAGCUUGUGUUUCGUCAGAGCGUCAGCGGGCUGCAGCCCAGCAGCUCUUCCACUCCCCUUCACUUCCAUGCCAAAGGUCGUCUGAGCUGACAGCUCCUGCCGGCACGUGUCCGAAGACGACCCGCCCACCGUCGGUCAGACCUCGACUCCUGAUCGACUCCCACUGUUCUCCUAUCCAAACAAAACAUUUUCUUUGGCUCUGUACUGUUUGGUUGUGUUUGGUUGUAUUUUAUCUCUUUACUCUGGUUGUCGUUUGUAUGUAAAGACAUUUUUCAUGGUGAAACGACAUCCUCAUGCCUCACCACCACUACUAACUUAAAGAGACUUUAACUGUAAGAAACUGGCUACUUUGCUGUGUUAGUGGACUUGAAUGGGAACGUUUGAGGUUUUUAUGAAAUAAAAAUCCUGUGAAUAUGGACUGUUUACUGGGGCAAGUGCAUAUGUUUUAUACUGUACUUGACGUGUGACUCUUGUAAAUGUACAGCUUUGCCUGGAGGCUUUUUGAAAGAAGCUUUUACACAUGAUAUAUUAUUGAAGAACACCAAGGUGAAGAUGCUGCUUCUGUAAAUAUUUACUACUUUUUCAGUCCAGUUCAUUUCCAGGCAGAGUAGAUGCAGUAGGUGUUAUUCUGGACAUUUUAACAGUUUAGAAAAUUACUGUCAGCCAUUUCAUUUCACUUUUACUUUUUGUCAUUUUCCUUUCACUUCAGAACCGUUUAAACACGGCUGCCCACUAAUAUUUUACUCUGCUGUUUAAAAGGAAUAGUUUGAGAGAAUGUUUAAUGCUGCCUUGCUGACAGUUCGGUGGGAGGAUCGAUGCCACUUUCGUUUCAGUCUGUUGCAGUAAAUGUGAAGCUACAGCAGGUGAAUGUUUAGCUCAGCUGAGCAGAAAGCCUGAAAACAAGACAACUCCUUAUCUGUCUGCUUCUGUAAAUUAACCGCCUGUAAAAUCACAAACUUCUUGUUUUCGCCUCCUGGUUUUGGAAAUGGAAAAUACCCACAAAAUAAGUGGAACCUCAAAGAUUUGAACUUAUAUGUGACACCUAGCAACAGGGGUGAGUUUUUUUCUCCAAAUAAAGGCAGCUAAAUGUCUAACGUGGACCUCAUCAUUCAUCCGAUCUACCUCAAACUCCACACUGCACUUCCUUGGCUCCUCAUUAAUACUCUUGCCAAUUUUGAAGUGGAUCGGAUGAACAAGUAUCAAGAUAUGCUUGACUUUUUUUUAAUAUUAAAGCUAAGCUUCACCUUUUAUGCUAAGCUAAGCUAGCCAACUGCAGCAUUACACUUACACAACUGAUCUUCUCAUUUCUUGAACACUGGAUCUGUUUCGGUUCUAAUGGCCUUCUGUCGGCCACGUAAAGUUUUUGUGUCCACUUGAUAAAUCACUAACAAGGCAGAGGACAAAACGUUGCUCCCAUCUACUAAUUCAUCUCUGUCGUACCCAGAAGGUGAAGCAGUCGUGAGGGCAGAAAACUCUGCUUCACCUGAAUGAGCUGCACAGAACUUUCCGUCAGUCAGUGUUUAAACAUCCAGUGAACAGACGCUUUUAGUUUUUGUGUGCCUUCUCUACAGCUCUCCUUGUGUUGCAGCUUUGUCCGGUGGAACAUAACAUGGCUGUGAUGUCUGUUUUCAUCUUUCGAUUGACAAACAAUAUACAAAAGACUUUUAAAAAACA